GAGGGCAGAGGUACCAUGCUUUAAUUGAUAAUUCUGCCCAUACAUUGAAGUAGUAGGAUGACUAUAGAAGCUUGGUAAUAUUACUCCUAAAUUAUCCUUCAUUUGUCGGAUUGUUCUCGCCACCUUUGUAAUAGAUUCGAGUUUCCACAUCUAUUAAUAUUGUCCCCUCCAAACAAUAUAAUAGCAGAUUCAAGACCUGGGUUGUCAAAUUCAAGGAUAUAUUGUGUUUGUGUGGUGGGGUUAAUUUAAUUUAAUUUAAUUUUUUUACUUCUGCUAUUUCAAGUCUGGAGUGAGUAAGAGAGGGAUGGCGUACUAAAGGAGCGAAGAAUUCAGAGCUCCAACUCCAUCUCUACUGCUGUAGUUUGAUCUGCAAGCAUCGCCGAUUUCUUUCUCUUUUUCUGUAAUCAUUUGGUUUCAGGAAAGUGAGCAGUUGGAAACAUGGAAGCAAAUGCCGGAAUGGUUGCCGGCUCUUACCGGAGGAACGAGUUGGUUCGGAUCCGCCACGACUCUGAUAGCGGGCCCAAACCUCUGAAGCAUUUGAAUGGCCAAACAUGUCAGAUCUGUGGUGAUAGUAUUGGAGCUACAGCGACCGGUGAUGUCUUUGUUGCUUGCAAUGAGUGUGCCUUCCCAGUUUGCAGGCCCUGCUAUGAGUACGAGCGGAAAGAUGGCACUCAAUGUUGUCCCCAGUGCAAGACUCGAUAUAGAAGGCUUAAAGGAAGCGCUCGAGUUGAGGGAGAUGAUGAUGAAGAUGAUGUUGAUGAUUUGGAGAAUGAGUUCAAUUAUGCACAAGGAAAUAGCAAUGCAAGAAGGCAGUGGCAGGGUGAUGAUGUGGAGCUUUCUUCAUCCUCAAGACAUGAAUCACAACAGCCAAUUCCUCUUCUUACCCAUGGUCACGUGGUGUCUGGGGAAAUUGCCACACCUGACACCCAAUCUGUACGAACUACAUCAGGUCCUUUGGGCCCUCCUGAAAAGAAUGUUAAUUCAUCUCCUUACAUUGAUCCGAGGCAGCCAGUUCCAGUAAGAAUUGUGGACCCCUCAAAGGACUUAAAUUCCUAUGGCCUUGGAAAUGUUGAUUGGAAGGAAAGAGUAGAAAGUUGGAAACUUAAACAGGAGAAAAAUAUGGUUCAGAUGACAAAUAGAUAUAGUGAAGGAAAGGGAGGAGACAUAGAAGGAACUGGUUCCAAUGGUGAAGAACUGCCAAUGGCUGAUGAUGCUCGCCAACCUUUGAGUCGUGUGGUGCCUAUUCCUUCAUCUCAAUUGACCCCCUAUCGAGUUGUGAUCAUUCUUCGGCUUAUAAUUUUGGGCUUCUUCUUACAAUACCGUGUAACUCAUCCCGUGAAAGAUGCAUAUCCAUUGUGGUUAAUAUCUAUUAUUUGUGAAAUUUGGUUUGCCCUAUCUUGGCUUCUGGAUCAAUUUCCAAAAUGGUCUCCUAUCAACCGCGAGACUUACUUAGACAGGCUGGCAUUGAGAUAUGACCGGGAGGGUGAACCAUCGCAGCUAGCUCCUGUAGAUAUCUUUGUUAGUACAGUGGAUCCUCUGAAAGAGCCUCCUCUUAUAACAGCAAACACUGUCUUGUCCAUACUUGCUGUGGAUUACCCUGUAGACAAAGUAGCUUGCUAUGUUUCAGAUGAUGGUUCAGCUAUGUUGACUUUUGAAGCACUUUCUGAAACUGCGGAGUUUGCAAGGAAGUGGGUACCCUUCUGCAAGAAACACAAUAUUGAGCCUCGAGCUCCUGAAUUCUAUUUUGCUCAAAAGAUUGAUUACUUGAAGGACAAAAUACAGCCUUCUUUUGUGAAAGAGCGCCGGGCAAUGAAGAGAGAAUAUGAAGAGUUCAAAGUGCGGAUUAAUGCCCUUGUUGCAAAAGCUCAGAAAAUGCCUGAAGAGGGUUGGACAAUGCAGGAUGGCACACCAUGGCCUGGAAAUAAUCCUAGGGAUCAUCCAGGAAUGAUCCAGGUCUUUUUAGGCCAUAGUGGGGGACUUGAUACUGAUGGAAAUGAACUACCUCGACUUAUUUACGUUUCUCGUGAGAAACGCCCUGGCUUCCAACACCACAAGAAAGCAGGAGCCAUGAAUGCUUUGAUUCGAGUUUCAGCUGUUCUGACCAAUGGGGCAUAUUUGUUGAAUGUCGAUUGUGAUCACUACUUCAAUAAUAGUAAGGCUCUUAAAGAAGCCAUGUGUUUCAUGAUGGAUCCUGCAUUUGGAAAGAAGACAUGCUAUGUACAGUUCCCACAACGUUUUGAUGGCAUUGAUGUGCACGAUCGAUAUGCCAACCGGAACAUUGUUUUCUUUGAUAUCAACUUGAAAGGGUUGGAUGGGAUCCAGGGUCCAGUCUAUGUGGGAACUGGUUGUUGUUUCAAUAGGCAAGCCCUAUAUGGGUAUGAUCCUAUUUUGACUGAAGCAGAUUUGGAACCAAACAUCAUAGUCAAGAGUUGCUGUGGUCCAAGGAAGAAGGGGAAGAGUGGGAACAAGAAGUAUAUUGACAAGAAAAGGGCUGCUAAGAGAACUGAAUCCACUAUUCCUAUUUUCAAUAUGGAAGACAUUGAGGAGGGUGUUGAAGGAUAUGAUGAGGAACGGUCGCUUCUGAUGUCUCAGAGGAGCAUGGAGAAGCGUUUUGGUCAAUCCCCAGUUUUUAUUGCAGCCACCUUCAUGGAGCAAGGUGGCAUUCCACCAUCAACGAAUCCUGCAACACUAUUAAAAGAAGCAAUCCAUGUUAUUAGUUGUGGGUAUGAAGACAAGACUGAAUGGGGAAAGGAGAUUGGAUGGAUCUAUGGUUCUGUUACAGAAGAUAUUUUAACUGGGUUUAAGAUGCAUGCUCGUGGUUGGAUAUCAAUCUAUUGCAUGCCUCCCCGCCCGGCAUUUAAGGGGUCUGCUCCUAUCAAUCUUUCUGAUCGUCUGAACCAGGUUCUUCGGUGGGCUCUAGGUUCAAUUGAAAUUCUGCUUAGCCGGCAUUGCCCCAUAUGGUAUGGCUACAAUGGAAGAUUAAAGCUUUUGGAGAGAAUUGCAUACAUUAACACCAUUGUGUAUCCCCUGACUUCAAUUCCUCUGAUUGCUUACUGCAUGCUCCCAGCGUUUUGCCUUUUGACUGGAAAAUUCAUCAUCCCUGAGAUAAGCAACUACGCUGGCAUUUGGUUCAUUCUACUCUUUGCCUCAAUCUCUGCUACUGCCAUAGUUGAGCUUAGAUGGAGUAAAGUGAGUAUUGAAGCUUGGUGGAGAAAUGAACAGUUCUGGGUCAUUGGUGGCACAUCAGCACAUCUCUUUGCUGUCUUCCAAGGGCUUCUGAAAGUGCUUGCUGGAAUUGAUACCAACUUCACCGUCACGUCAAAGGCAUCUGAUGAUGAUGGGGAUUUUGCAGAGCUUUAUGUAUUCAAAUGGACAUCCCUUCUCAUCCCCCCUACAACAGUACUUAUUGUGAACUUGGUGGGUAUCGUGGCUGGUGUAUCAUGGGCCAUAAACAGCGGUUACCAAUCAUGGGGUCCACUUUUUGGCAAGCUGUUCUUUGCCAUAUGGGUUAUUGCCCAUCUCUAUCCUUUCCUGAAGGGUUUACUGGGUCGGCAAAAUCGUACCCCUACAAUCGUCAUCGUAUGGUCCAUUCUCCUUGCUUCAAUUUUCUCUUUGCUAUGGGUGCGCAUUGACCCCUUUACCUCUGACUCCACCAAUGCUGCUGCAAACGGCCAAUGUGGCAUCAACUGCUAAUUCAGACAAGGAAUCAAAUCUCACGUGGUAAUUUUCAUCUCUCCUCCAAGAUUUUAUUUUGUAUAUAGCAAAGAAAUCUCAAGACAUCAAAGACGAACUAUUUAUACUCAUUUAGUUUAUGUCGGAAGGGAGAUCGGUGGAAGUCUAUUAUUUAAGUCUGAAGGACAUGAAGACCGUGGAAACAGGCCUCAUUGUAUCUCUUUUUGUUGCUACCAAUCUUGCACAAGUUGUUUAUAAAUGAAAGACUCGUAUGCACGUCGACAAUGUAGUGGAUCUAUGUUUGUUAUUGCUGCUUGUAUUGGGGAGUGCUACGUUUUAUUUUUAUUUUUUAUUUUUUAAGAGCAUGUAGAGAUAUGUAUAUUUAUUCAUGGUGCUAUGAAAUUAUCAUUCUUUUUCAAGUAUUUGAACAGUGGCUAAUAGUUUCUUUCCUUGUUUUGGGCAAUAAAAGUUGAAGCUGUAU